AUGGCGCCACGAAACAACACGGUGCGGCUCAUCUCCGGGGCCAUGCUGAUGCUGCUGUUCGCGGCCGCCGCGGCAGCCCAGGGCUGCGCGCCGGCCAAGUUCCUGGCGGGUAGGUCGUCGUUCCAGAGGUGCAUCUCCCUGCCCGUGCUCGGCGCCAGCCUGUUCUGGACGUACCACGCGGCGAACGGCACCGCGGACCUCGCGUUCCGGGCGCCGCAGGGCGCCGGCGGCUGGGUCGCCUGGGGCAUCAACACCGACCGCCCCGGCAGCAUGGUCGGCAGCAGCGUGUUCCUCGCCUCGCCCGGCGCCAGCGGCGGCGCCGCGUCCGUCCUGACGACCGUCCUCGAGAGCACGUCGCCCAGCCUGGCCAACGGGACCCUCAGGUUCGACGUGCCCGUCGCCCCCGCCGCCGAGUACGCGGGCGGCGCGUACACGAUCUAUGUGACGGUGGCGCUCCCUGGGAACAACACGGUGCAGAACACGGUGUGGCAGGCUGGGCCGCUCAGCGGCGGGCGGAUAGCGGCGCACCCCAUGUCCGGGGCGAACCUGCAGAGCACCAUGAAGCUCGACUUCUUGUCCGGCGGCACUAGCACCGGGGCGACUAACUCCAUGGUGCACCGUCGUAACUUGAGGAAUUCUCGUGGAUAA